ACAGGGUCAUGAGAUGCCUGAAGAGAACUGCACCACGCUGACAGAGUUCAUUCUCUUGGGUUUCACCGACCGUCUGGAGGUGGAGAUACCUUUGUUUGGGCUCUUCCUACUCAUCUACAUCACCACUUUGGUGGGGAAUGCUGGCCUCGUCGUGCUUCUCCAGCUCAAUGCCUGCCUUCAUACUCCCAUGUACUAUUUCCUAAGCAAUUUGUCUUUCUUAGACCUUAUCUGUUCAUCUGCCAUUGCUCCCAAGAUGCUGGUGAGUCUGUUAGCACAGCAGAAGACCAUUUCUUUCACUGGCUGCGCAACACAGAUGUUUUCCUUCGCUGCCUUUGCUGACGCCGAGUGCCUCCUUUUGGCUGCGAUGGCCUAUGACCGCUAUGUGGCUGUAUGUCAUCCUCUUGUCUACACUGUUGUCAUGUCUCGCAGGGUCUGCACCACCCUGGUAGCUGGGGUUUAUCUCAGCGGGGGUCUGACUUCGCUGGUGCACACAUCUUUCACCUUCACAUUGUCAUUCUGCGGCUCCAAUGUCAUCAACCAUUUCUUCUGUGAUAUUCCCCCACUGCUGGAGCUCUCCUGCUCCAACACACACAUCAACGAGGUUCUUCUCUUCACUCUCUGUGGCUUUAUACAAACCAGCACCUUCCUGGCCAUUGCUGCCUCCUACACCUGCAUCCUCAGCACCAUCCUCCGGAUCCAUGUGGCAGACAACAGGCACAAAGCCUUCUACACCUGCACCUCCCACCUGAUGGCUGUUGGGUUAUUCUAUGGCUCCCUCCUCUUCACGUACUUACAGCCCAGCUCCAGCCACUCGAUGAACACAGACAAAGUGAUCUCUGCAUUUUAUACCCUUGUUUUUCCCAUGCUGAACCCCCUCAUUUAUAGCUUCAGGAACAAAGAGGUGAAGGAUGCUCUAAGGAGGACAGUAGGGAGAAGAGUGUUUUCACAGUGAUUUUCUUUGAAGCAAAAAGACAGUGUGUUUCUGAUGCAACACAAGUGAUGGGAACUGCCUGACUAAAUGUAGGUGACAUGUUAGGAACACCUGCAUCUGAUCUACUUCCCAGAUUCAUUUGGUAAUUGCUGGGAAAAAAACAGUCAACUUACAAGGUGAUUCCCAGUAUCACAAAACAGAAGGCAAAGUCAGACAGCUCCCAUCACAGAAGGAUCUCUUUCUCCUCUGCUCUAAGUUCUCCCCCGAGGCUUCCCUUCUCCAGGCUGAAAAACCCCAAAUUUCUCAACCCAACUCCUCUAUCCCAAAUGCAGAAGAAAGUUCUAUUUUUAUAGCUUAUGCUUAUUGAGACAACAACCAAGAUGCUCUAAAGAAAAGUUCAAUUUAGAAAACUCCUACAUACGGGUGUGAGCGUAUGUAUUAAACUUGGAAAUGAAAGCCUUUUGUACAGUGGAAAAGACUGCGAUUAUUUAGCAGCCAGCUUCGCCAUACCCUCUAUACAGAGAGGAAUCUCAUGUCCUCCUAAUUUAUUGCAUUUUAGGACCAGGCUUG